AGUCAUAGGAAAAAACUGUGCAACACAAAUUGCAAUCGUCUCCUUUCAUUUGUGUGCAGAGGUUCGAGAAUUAGUAAGAUUAUGGCAUUGAACAACGGUCUCAGAUCCGCCUCUAGGCUGUUAUCAGCUUCCGAGUCGAUAAUCUCCAAGUCAGCGAACAGAGGCUUCCACUCGACAGGAGUGAAGAGAAUGGGAGGAGGUCAUGGAAGUCAUGCACAUGACGAUUACGAAUACUAUCUUCAUGCAAAGCACAUGUACAACUUGGAUAGGAUGAAGUAUCAGAAAAUCAAAAUGCCCCUUGCCGUCUUCACUGCCUUUAGCAUUGGCGUCUUUGUUCCAAUCUAUGCAGUCAUUUUCCAGCAGAAAAAGACUGCUUCUGGCUGAGUUAAGAUACAAAUCUUUGGUGCAAUAACAAAAGCAAGUUUGGACUGCAUUUUUUGAGACUUGGUUUUCUUAAGUUGGGUCGUUCUGUUCAUUGUUUCAGCUAGUCGUCUUCAAUGUUUAUUGUUGGAAAAUAGAAAGAAUGAUUGUUUUCAUAUAAUAAUAGCGAACCGAUUCUGAAUGAA